UAUCCCAAAUAAGAUUAGACUAGUCGUCGUCUUUAUACAUCACAAUCCCAUACCAAACCUCUCUUGCAUCUUUUGUAUUUUAUCAUUUAACACAAAACUCCAAAAGAUAAAAACAAAAUGUUGUCGAAGGUUCCUCAAAAACAACACUUGCAGCUCUCCCCUUCCUCCUCCUCCAUGGAAAUGGUCCGGUGUUCACGUGGCAGACCUCGAGGUUCGAAGAACAAACCAAAAGCACCAAUCUUUGUCACCUCCGAGCCUCCUAUGAGUCCUUACAUCCUCCAAGUACCCUCUGGUGUCGACGUCGUUGAAGCCAUUAACCGCUUCUGCCGCCAAAAAGGCAUCGGCUUUUGCAUCCUCAGUGGCUCAGGCUCCGUCACUGACGUCACUUUGCGUCAGCCUUCUCCGGCAGCUCCUGGCUCAACCAUUACUUUCCACGGCAAGUUCGAUCUCCUCUCCAUCUCCGCCACUUUCUUUCCGCCUAGUACCUCCUUGUCUCCUCCUGUCUCCAAUUUCUUCACCGUCUCUCUCGCCGGACCUCAGGGACAGGUCAUUGGUGGAUUCGUCGCUGGUCCCCUCGUUUCCGCCGGUACUUUCUACGUCGUCGCCGCUAGUUUCAGUAACCCUUCGUAUCACCGGAUACCCGCGGCGGAGGAAGAGCUCAAAAACAACGCUGUGUCGGGGGAAGGGGAGGGCCAAUCACCUCCGGUAUCUGGACACGUGGCGGAGGGAAGUGGAGGAGAGUCGAUGUACAGUUGCCAGAUGGGUGGCUCUGAUGUACACGCCAAAGCUCCACCGCCGUACUGACCAAAUCCAUCUCUUUCCUAACUAGGGUUUCUUCUUCUUUUGAUCGUCAUCAUCAAGAAUCAACUAAAGUUUGCUUUUUUAUUAUCCUUGUUAGAUUUUUAAAUCAAGCUCCACUCUUCUUCUUUAGAUUUAUCUACACUCUGCAGUGUCAAAGCUGCACAUAUUAGUUUGAUUUGACUAAUAUUUGUAUGCUCCCCAAUUUACAAACUUUUGUCUCUGAUGAUUGUUUAUUUUUCAAUUUUAUAAUCUUAUUGCAUUGUUUAUUGGAUUCUCCAGAGGUUGGCUAAUAUUACUAUAAUGGCUUAAUUGAUUUCUCCAACAAGAGGACAUCUCAGUUAUGGUUUAGUGGUCUCUCUACCAUAGUUUUUAGCUAUCACUGAAUACCAUGGACUCGAAUUACACUGUUGAACAAG